AUGGAAGACCCAACGCCUCUCCCUACAGAAUCCACACAAACAACCAUAAAACCUACCCCAAACCUCACCCUCCAAAAAUCCCUCCGCCGCAUCUCGCUCCACCCAACACUAACCCCAUACCGCCGCCGCGUCUACCGCGUCCUCCUCUCCGUACCAGAAGGUCGCUGGACAACAUACUCCGCCAUGGCAACAUAUCUCAACUCCAGCGCGCGGGCCGUGGGCAACGCGAUGCGCACUAACCCGUUCGCGCCGGAGGUCCCGUGCCAUCGCGUGUUGGCGGCGGAUAGGUCGUUGGGUGGGUAUAAGGGCGAGUGGAAGGUUAGCAAGCAUAUUGCGAACGGGUCUUUUCGUGACGAGAAGAGGCUGAGGCUUAAGGAGGAGGGAGUCGUGUUUGAUGGGGAUGGGAAGGUGGGAGGCGUUUGUUUUAGGGAGUUUAGGGACUUGGGGGCGAAGUAA